AUGGUUAUGAUGUGUGACCAAAGCAUUGAAGAAAAUAACAAACCUUUAACUAUUGAAUUAAAUCAUGAUGAAAAAAACAGUAAAAUACAUUCAGUUAUUAUUUAUUUUCAUCCAAUAACUAAUGAACAAUCUAAUAACCAAUUUUAUUUACAAGCUUUGCAAGAAUUAUUGAAAUGUAUAAUUGAUAAGAAAUUGAAGCUUGUUCACUUUGAAACGAGACCACCUCUGGCUUUAUCCAAUUCAAACCAAGACAUUCAAUAUUCUUGUUUAAUAACUUUGGAAACAAAUGAAAUAAAUAUGAAUUUAUUUUACGAAGAAUUACGGUGCAACAGUUUUAUUUCUAGAAUAAAUUUACCAAAUAAUCAAGAAUCUCGAUAUUGGUAUCCUAAACACAUUUCUGAUUUGGAUAAAUGUCAACAUCUACUACUUAAAUUUCAACCUGAAUUACAAACUGAUCAUCCAGGAUUUCACGACAAAGUUUACAGAGAACGACGAGAAAAUAUAGCAAAAAUAGCAUUUGAUUAUAAAUAUGGUGAUCGUAUACCUGAAGUUGAAUAUACCAAAGAAGAAAUUGAAACUUGGGGCUUGGUUUUCACAAAAAUGAAAGCUGUUCAUGCUUCAAGAGCAUGCAGAGAAUAUAUUGAUGGAUUUCAACUCUUAGAAAAAUAUUGUAAUUACAAUUCUGAAAGCAUACCUCAACUGCAAACAAUCUGCGAAUUUAUGCAUCGUACUUCAGGAUUUCGUAUUCGACCUGUUGCUGGUUUAGUUUCACCUAGAGAUUUCUUGGCAAGUUUAGCGUUUAGAGUAUUCCAAUGUACUCAGUAUAUACGUCAUCAUUCACGUCCUUUGCAUACACCAGAACCGGAUUGCAUUCACGAACUCAUUGGUCAUAUGCCUAUGUUAGUAAAUAGAAAAUUUGCUGACUUUUCUCAAGAACUAGGUUUAGCGUCUUUAGGAGCUUCUGAAGAAGAAAUUACGAGACUAUCAACAUUAUACUGGUUUACUGUUGAAUUCGGCUUAUGUAAUGAAAAUGGUGAAACACGUGCACUAGGUGCUGGAAUUAUGUCAUCAUAUGGUGAAUUGGAAAAUGCAUUUAGUGACCACUCCGAGAAACAACCUUUUAAUAUAAAUAAUGCAGCAUUACAAGUAUACGAUGAUGUUGGCUAUCAAAAAGUUUACUUUGUAACUGAAUCUAUCGAAUCGAUGAAACGGGAACUUCGAAACUACAUAAAUACAUUUACAAAAUCAACAUUUGCAAUUUACGAUGCGAUCACAGAAACAGUGCAUAUGAACUCUAGAUUUUCUAUUCGGAAAGAAAUCCUGCAACAUGUGAAAGAAGAAAUUGGUCAGUUAGAUACAUUGCUUAAUCAUUCUAACUAUACCUUAUCAUGA